AUGAAUAUGGAGGGCUGGUUGCAGGAGGAAACAACGGAGCAUAGAUCGUCUGGCUUCAUAUACUUCCACACUAUGCUGGCCCUUGCAUCAGGACUGACGUACAUCCACCGAGAGAUCGACACCAUGGUGGGCUAUCAUCGGGAUAUCAAGCCAAGCAACAUUCUUCUUUUCCACAGUAAUGAUGAGAAGAUCUGGAAGUUUUGUGACUUCGGCACCUCGAACCUCAAGCCCGCAGACAAUACUGGAACUACGAGUAUGGUUACCGACAAGUACUGGGCGCCUCCUGAAUUCUUUGAAGAGCAUACGGAAGAGGAUGGAUUAAAACAUGCCCGUGCGCACGAUGUAUUCUCUCUUGGAUGUGUUUUUAUUGAAUUAGCAACGUUACUACAUAUGGGCGCUGACGGUCGGUCAACGUUCAAAUCCCGAAGAGAGGAUGGAGAUCGGGAUCCUGAGGCUUCAUGGUAUCGGGGCGCUUUCCACAGAUCGAUGCCUGUAGUGCGCGAAUGGAUUGAAGACAUGCGCAACAAACAAGAGGAAGGCCAACAUCGCGAAGUGUUAGCUAUCAUCUUCGAUAUGCUACAAACUCCAGACGAGCGUAUAUAUUCAUGGGAGGUGGAGAUUGACUUGUUCAUUAUUGGACCGUCGGGCACGGACUCCGAGAAGGUGGUAGACUAUCUGCGUCAAAUCAGUCAAUCAUCGCUAGGUUACAGAGCAAAGACGAAGCGUAAUCCCUACACACGGGCGAAGAGAAGGGCUAGAGAAAAUCACCUCUACAGCGUGAGAUGUCCGAAUCAGUUCUUCCAAGUCAUGAAUAGUUUUGGAUGGCAUGAAUACUCGCCUCAGUCCACCGGAAGCUCUCAGCAAACCCCGGGACAACAAGCCUACUCGAACCUCCCAUUACCUCUGGACAGAGACACGCUCUGCGGUGGUCAGGGCCUGUAUCAGGAGAUAUCGAAUGGCUUCCGGAAGUCAGACAUCGUAGCACUCUACGGGGUUGCUGGUAUCGGGAAGUCUCGAAACGCCUGUGAAUACGCAGGGCAGUUCGUGUAUCCUGAGGACAAGGCCAUCACCAGACACACUUUCUUUGUCGACGCCACAACGGCAGACAGCUUGAUGAGUUCAUACGACGCUAUUGCAGACAAAAUCAAUUUGUCCGAGGUUGACAUUACUGGCCAAUCUCAAGCAUUUUCAAGAGUCACGAGAUACUCGCUGGGAUCCUGGCUGAACCAAGAGAAGAGUGGGAAGUGGUUCAUGGUCGUGGACGGAUUUGACCCCAUCGGUGACAUGACGGAGCUCAAGCAGAUGCUACCGACGCCUAGGCAUGGCAUGGAUCAGAUACUCAUCACAACACGAAACCUUGCCAAGAUAAGGGAGUAUUAUUCGUCAUGCAAACUUCAAAUAGCUUGCAUUGAGGUUACUGCGCUUAGCCCUGCCGAUUCAAUGCGCUUGUUCAAGCAAAACAUUGGAGAAUGGGAAAGACUCAAAGGUGAUGAAACCGACACCCCCAAAAUCAAAGAUCUACUCGAGAAGCUUUGGUCUCCCCUGAUGAUCAAAUAUGCUGCCAAUCAAAUCGGAGAUACCAGAGUUACAGUGAUGCAGUUGAAAGAGCUGGUGGACGAUAACGGUCUCUCAGAAGUCACGGUCCCAUUCGAAUCGUACCUCACUCACGUUCUCGAACCCCUUACAGGCACAUUGUCCCAUACCCCGAGUUGGCCUAGGGUGGUUGGGACACUAUUUCUGCUUGCGUUUUUUGACCCUAAUGGUGUUAAAUGGAGUACGCUGAAGAACGACCACACGAAAAGAUCGAAAAGGUCCGGGCUGUUGAGAUCUCUUGGGAAAUUGGAAGACUACGCUCUUAUCAACAAGGCUCCUGGAGAGGUGUACUCCAUCAAUGGCAAUAUUCGAGAAACAAUACUAGAAUGGAUUGAGCAACUCGAUGGCCCUGAAGGCGGCGCAGAAGGCCUUCUAAAACGACAUAGCAAAGCGCUUUCGAUAAUUUACAAAUCCUAUCAGUCUUUGCUCGCAAAUGCCAUGGAGACAAGUCCGAACGCAUACUCGCAGCUUCACCAGGCCGAACAACCGUUUAUGCCGCACUUUGAGUGCUUCUUAAACUUCACGAAGAAACACACUCGGCAACAAAAGCCUGAGCUACGCUAUCCAGCCGUGCGAGCUGUUAUCUGCUUUUCGAAGGUUCUUCUCGAUAAAGACAGAUAUGAAGAAGCCAUGAGAGUCACUGAGUACACUCGAGAACACUUCCAGCACAAACUUGGUGAAGCCGAUAGCGAGAAACAAUCUUGA